CCGGGCAGUUUCUUGAAGAUUGCCGAGGCCAACACGGCCAAGAACGUGGAGACGUGCGGACUGCUCUGCGGCAAGCCGUCGCAGGACGUGCUGUACGUCACGCACGUGCUGAUCCCGAGCCAGACGGGCACGUCCGACUCGCGCAACAUGGAGGGAGAGGAGCGUGUGUUCGCCUACCUCGACACCCACAACCUCACCACCCUCGGCUGGAUACACACUCACCCAUCGCAGACGGCGUUCCUGUCGUCCGUAGACCUGCACACCCAUUGCAGCUAUCAGCUGAUGAUGCUCGAGAGCAUAGCCAUCGUCUGCGCGCCCAAAUACAACGAGACCGGCUUCUUCAUGCUGCCUCCCAAAUAUGGCCUGGACUAUAUCGCUAACUGCCACAAGACGGGGUUCCAUCCUCACCCGCAGGAGCCGCCGCUGUUCGAGGAGGCGCAGCACGUGACACUGGACAACAGCUACCAGAUUAGCGUAGUCGAUCUGCGUCAGUAGCCCGCUCAACUUUGCCGCCGUCGCCGCCGACGUUGCCGCCGUCAGCGCCAACGCUGCUGCCGUGGCCGUCGACGUGGCCGCCGUCGGGGACGCCUCGUCGCCGCCAGAUCCGCCCGCGUCGCAACCCGUGAAGGCACCGAUGCCUGCGGCGUGCGCGCGACCGGCGGGUGGCGCUGUGUAGGCGCGGCUGAGGCGACAGUGACGCGGCUGAGACGCCGCCGGCGCGGCCAGGAGACUGAGAGCUGUUCGUGAUAUUC